UCUUGUCAUUGGUCAGACAGCCACUGACAAAAAGUGGGACGUUCCCGGAAAAAUCGCUAACCGGAAGGGAAGGCCAGAGCCCAAGAAGAAGAACAAGAAGACAGCCGCCGAUGAGGCCAGCGAAAGAAGAAAAAGUAUUCUCCCACUGGUGAGGACUCCUCUUCCUCUGGCUCAUACACCUGCCUGAACUGAACUUGCCCCCCCCCUCCCCCCCGUCGGGCUCAGCCUCACCCAGCCCUCACCAGCCCCUGCACCAAGGCUAAAGUCAACCAGACAUCCUCCCUCUUCUUCCGGCUUCUUCUUCUUUCCCUCAGGUUUCAACACUGCACUAUGGCGGGGCGAGGCGGACCAGCACGGACCAACGGCACUGCAGCAAGCAACAAGAUCUGCCAGUUUAAGCUAGUGCUGUUGGGGGAAUCAGCUGUGGGAAAGUCCAGCUUGGUGCUGCGCUUUGUCAAAGGCCAGUUCCACGAGUACCAGGAGAGCACCAUCGGAGCUGCCUUUCUCACACAGACGGUAUGUUUGGAUGACACAACAGUCAAGUUUGAGAUCUGGGACACUGCAGGACAGGAACGGUAUCACAGCUUGGCACCCAUGUACUACAGGGGAGCACAGGCUGCCAUCGUGGUCUACGAUAUCACCAACACAGAUACAUUCACACGUGCAAAGAACUGGGUGAAGGAGCUCCAGCGACAAGCCAGCCCGAAUAUUGUUAUUGCACUGGCAGGAAACAAAGCAGAUCUGGCCAACAAGAGAGCUGUAGAUUUCCAGGAAGCGCAAGCAUAUGCAGAUGACAACAGUUUGCUCUUCAUGGAGACUUCAGCCAAGACUGCUAUGAAUGUCAAUGAAAUUUUUAUGGCUAUAGCGAAGAAGCUUCCUAAGAACGAACCUCAGGGCGGAGUGGGCGCCGGUGGACGAGCCAGAGGCGGCGUGGACCUGCAGGAAGCUGCACCGCAUGGCAGGAGUGGCCAGUGCUGUGGGGGCGGGAACUAACCAACACAACAAUAAGUCCGCUGAUCCGAACCAAUCUACAGCUACGAUCAACCAGACCAGAUAUUAGCCAGCUGUCAAACAAUGUCCCAUUGGUCAUAUCAAACCAUGGUCAGACCAACCACCCUUUGAGCAACACAUCAUCAAUUAACUGUUUGGCAAAUGAGUCCUCUGGCCAGCAAACUGCCAGACCCCACUGACGGUUCCAGCUGAUGAACCAACCAACAGACCAAGAAAUCAACCCACAAGCGUAUUUGCAAAAUCAUGUUUUAACCCCAGGACUUGCCAAUCCAUGACCUCUCUAUUGAUGAUGGACACUUGACGUCACCUUAGGGGGGGAAAAAAACAUCCCAUUCAUGGAAGAUGGAAAAAAAAAAAAAAAAGAUCAGUGAUUACCAAUGGCACACAAUAAGGCCAUCUUUCUCACGUUUGUUUCUGUAUUUGUGUAGAGGGGGGGAAAAAAAAUUAACGCAACCAGAAGGAAAAUAAACAGGCUGGUUGGCCCUGUCCUUUCUCUUCUACCCUCUGCUUUCCCACGCACCAUAAAUUAAGUAUUUCGAUGAUGGUUAAACUCCAAUCCAGGUGCAUGCAGCAGUCCUUCGCUUUUCUGUCUUGUUCCUGGUCAGCUUCCUGGAAAAGAUGAAGCGGGAAGGUUUGUAACAGGAGAAUGGGAAUGGACUGAUAUGAUAGAUAGAUGAUAGGGCUGUGUAGAUUGACUUAUUACAUUGUUAUUGUUUUCACUUAUUAUUAUUACUCCAACUUCUUUUGACACAGGCUGUUCAGUAUGAUUUUAAAGCCUAAACUUUAAGGUUUUACAAUCACCCAUCUAUGUUAAACCAUAUACAGUAAAUAGUACUUUAUUAACAUUGUCACCCAUAAGUAAUUUUAGCAUUAAUAUAAUGUUUUUGAAUCAUCAGUGUAUGACAACUACAUAAAGCAAGAUAUGAUUUCUAGACCAAAAUCACAACUGUGUAUUGACAACAUUGCUGUAUUUGUAUCAGACUCUUCAAGUUUAUAAUCAAUCAGUAGUCAUUGUCAAAACUAUCUUCACAAUCUCUACAUGAUGUUUUGUUAACCUUAAUUAUUUUGUGAUGGAUUUUUUUAUGUCAAUUUUUUUCCUGGAGAUCUAUGGUAUUAAAUGCACUGGUUCUGUCUCAUCA